UACAAAUAUAUAGUAAUCUGUGAAAAAAUAAAAACAUUCCAAAUAUUGUUCGUCGAUGUAUUAUAAUACUGGUUUUAUUUGGAUGAUUACUAAAUAAUCAAAAUGCUCACUCUUUGGAAUUUAUUCGAGGCAACAUUAUUAUGCUUGAAUGCGGUAUGUGUUUUACAUGAAGAAAGAUUUAUGCAGAAAAUGGGCUGGGGUGCACACAGUGCAAAUCAAGGCUACGAGGACCAAUCGUCAAUUAAGUUUCAAAUCCUAAAUUUAGUGAGAUCAAUUAGAACAGUAACAAGAAUUCCAUUGAUAUUCCUAAACAUACUAACAAUAAUAUUUAAAUUAAUAUUAGGAUGAAAUAGAAGAAUGAAGCUUUAUUGGUUUGAAAAGAACUUCCUCAUAAGAACAUGAGUUAAUUAUACAAAUAUAAUCAAUAAGAAAUAU